CAACUUUAACAAUUCUAUUGAUGGAAAUUGCAAUAUCUCAUGUGCGGUGUCUAAGCAAUUUUGCAAUAAUUUAUUAAAACUUAGACUUUUUAUUGUAUUAAUAACUACUAAGUACGCUUAGUACUAUUUUUAUCUUUGAAGUUUUGUAAAAGUUGCAACUGUGGAUAGAUUACACAAAAUGCUGGACGGUGGUGUCGUACACCCCCACUCAAGUGUGGUCCAUGGAGGGGUAACAGGAGUUGUACAUGGAAUGCCAGUACAUGGGGCAGGUCCAGAUGGAGAGCAUCCUCCUCAUGGACCACGUCGCCGUUAUCAAAACAGACCCAAACCACCUAAUAAUUUGGAACGUCUACCACUUGAUGAAGCUGCGAAAAGGGAAAUGGAAGCACUUCCAAUGAAGACACCAGUGUCAGUACUGCAGGAGCUCUUGGCUAGACGGGGAACGGUUCCCAAGUAUGAGCUGGUACAGAUAGAGGGCAUGAUCCAUGAACCUACCUUUCGCUAUCGAGUGACUGUUGCAGAUUUAAUUGCAAUGGGCACAGGAAGAUCCAAAAAGGAAGCUAAGCAUUCAGCUGCCAAAGCUUUACUUGAUAAGUUAACUGGUGCUACACCCGCUGAUCAGUCAACAAAUGGAACUGUGCCUGAAACUGGGACCGUUGUAUCAUCUUUUGAAGAUAAAUUGAUGGGCAAUCCAGUGGGAUGGUUGCAGGAGCUUUGUAUGUCCCGCUUCUGGCCUCCGCCCUCAUAUCAUGCAGAGAAUGAUGACAAUGUUUCCAGGCGUUUGCCCCAUGAGCGCCAAUUCACAAUUGUUUGUACACUGUUAAAACGGCGCGAGAUCGGAACUGGAAAAUCUAAAAAACUGGCUAAGCGCCAAGCAGCAUAUAAAAUGUGGCAAGCACUUCAGGAUAAUCCACUAGAGACCUUCCAACCUGAAGAAGAGGGCGGUGUCGCAGCCCGCUAUGCCGACCUGAAAGAUAGUAAAAUCUCUACACUCACUACCAGCCACAGCCACAAGGUGUCGCAGUUUCACAAACACCUCAAACAAUCUGUCGGCCCUAACCUGGCCAAGUUGCAGGUGACCCCACUCAACAACAAAGACUUUAACUUCGUUCAGUUCCUGCAAGAGAUAGCUUCUGAGCAGUCUUUUGAGGUAACAUAUGUGGAUAUUGAGGAAAAGUCUAUGACAGGCCGCAGUCAGUGUCUAGUGCAAUUAUCAACAUUGCCUGUCGCCGUAUGCUAUGGUUCAGGGCUCACUAGCAAGGAUGCUCAGUCGUCGGCGGCACAAAAUGCUCUCGAGUAUUUAAAAAUAAUGACAAAGAAGUGAAACGUCUCCUCAUCUUGCGACAUCAAUUAUUCACGCCUAAUGACGACCUAUGUAAUAUGAUCAAUGUAAAAUAUAUGGCCACUACAAGUUUAUACUUUAAUUUUAAAAAGAAAAUAUUAGUCAGCAUAGAACGCCACUUUAAGGUAUAUGAUUGAUGUCGCCAGGUUUAGAGUCUAUGAAUCUUUAUUACCACAAUCCAUAUGAGUAUGGCAAUAAUGCCUUGUGCCAGCAGCACUUCGGGCUAUGCUAUGUAACUGGCAUAUUUGCAGUUUAUUACUAACAAUUACUACUACUAAUAUAGCUUUAAUUUAAUAUAAUUAAUAGUUUUAUGUAUAAAUAAAUUAAAAAUAUUUAUGAAAUGUGUCUAGAAGCACCUACAAUAUUUAAUGCAUUUUUUUUUAUUUUAAAAAAGGUUGUUUGUUGUCAUUUUGAAUUUAUUAUAUUUAAAAUAAUUAAUAGAUUAUAUCAAACAUAUCUCAUGCGUAACACAUAAGUAAUCUACUAUUUAUAUUAUUUAAAAAAACUGUAUAUGUAUAUAGUAGCUAAUAAUUUUCAAAUUUGCUUAGUAUAAUAGAACUACCGUGAUCAAAUUCAAAAUUUUGGCUUUGGAUAGCUAAUGAGAACCUGUGUUAAAAACAGUCAAUGGCCUCCUUUUUGACCAUUGCCUAUUAAUAUAAGGUUUAAAUAGGUUUGCUAUACAGUCUGUCAACCCUAACCUGGCCAAGUUGAUUUUCAUCCAUCAUGUAAUAAGCACCUUCUGCUUAAUAACUAUGGUGCAUAUUCCUAUAUUAUUGUAAAUGUUACAAGUUAUUCUUGUCGUUUCUCGAACAAUUAAAAAAAUUACUCUUUUUAACCUUGCGUCAUACUAUAUAUACUUUAUAUAAAUAGCAUCUUGAAUUAUUGUUUGAAAAUGAACUUUUUGUAAGACAAACUGAUGAAUUUGUGCUAAAUCUUCCUCAUGGCGCAAUAGUAAUAACAUACAUGUAUAUUGUUGUAAUAUCAUCAAUUAUUGUAGAUACUGUGAUGGGCACUUUAGACUUAUAUUUUGUAUCUAGUUCGAGUAGUAAAUACUAACUUAUUAACAAUAUAAUAUUUGUUAAUAAAUUAGUAAUUAUUGUAGAAACUUAUUAACAAAUAUUAUAUAAAUUGAGAUAAAAAUAAUGCUCGUAAAACACAAAAAAAUAAUCUCGUCUACAAUUUCAUUAGAAGAUUUUUUUACUAAGUAUUCUAGUAAGAACACGAAAACCCUUGUACUAAUACUGCUAAUAUGCGAGAGUAAAUAGCAUAGCCCGUAAUUUAAAGAAACAAAGUAUGGAGUGGUCAUAUAACAAAUACAAGCUAUACUUUGCAUAGAAUUAGUGUAAUUUUCCCAGCGUGGAAAUUACUCAAUAAUUUAAAAAAUGUAAAAAAAAUUAUAAAAUAUAAAAAUUGUAUAAAAAAAAGUGUGGACUAUGAAUUUCCAGUUUAAUAUUCAGCAUAAUUUUACAUAUAUUAAAAUGAAAUCAUAAUUACUACUUACCCAAAAUAUUAGCUUUAAUGUAUCAUAUUGUUAUAAAAAAUAUGAAUGAAAUAAAAUGUGGUGUUUUAGUUAAACUUUACGAUAAUUUAAAUAAUAUUUUUUCUAGUCCGGUAUGUUAAGGAUUUUUCUAACAUGCUGAGCAUUAAACGGAAAAUAUUCUCAGCUGGUAUUGUCUUGUUGACGAACUGCCCGACCUUUGCUUUGUAAUUCGCUUUGAAAUCGCUGUUAAAUUUACAAAGUGCAAGGGUUGGAACUCGCAGGUUACUACUAACUUGUAAUUUAAUGGGAGAGGCAGGAAUUGCUAAUUGUCUUUAUUUCAAUUUUACCAGUGAACGUAUAGGUUUUCUUUUUGAAACAUGAUGGAAAACUUUGCAGGGAAGCUGAGAACUAGGUGUUAAGAGUGAAUAUAUCACUGGAAUUAAUGGUUGCGAUGUUAGGAUCCCUUGCCUGUGAAAAUGGGCAUUAUUUUAAUGCAAAGUAUAGAGGUUGUAACUAUUUCUACUGGUACAGGAUCGUCGUCUUAUUGGUUGUUACUGGUAACGACGAGGGUUUUGCACUUACCGAGUUUCUUUUAAAUUGAAUGGUGUGAGUUCAGCCUGCCCUUUUACAACAUCGCACUGUUCAAAUUAGAAAAGACUAAUUGGAGUAAAGGAAUGGAGUUCUGUUCAACCAAGACCAACUAAAUAAAAUUAUAUGUCGGAACAUCGAGAUGUUGAAGUUCACUUGUUACACUUUUAUGUUUAGUCAGUCUUGGUUUUACUUUAAUUAUAAUAUUAAUAUAAUAUAGAUAUUGUCACAGUAGUAAGAAUAAAAAAUUUCCUCACUUUAGCUGCCGUGUAGUCACUUUUUUUGAAUAUUAUAUAACUAAUAACAUAUUUGCUGCGCGUCUUUUUCUGCUCUAACUACAAUAAAGUUUGGUAUUGCUUGAA